GUCUGAUGCUUGUGACAUGAUUUUUUCAAUUUUUUUUAAAGGACUAGUGAGAUGCACGAUAACGCUAGUACCAGUUUGUGUUACAAACCAGACAACAAAAGCAGUAUGGACGCCAAGGGGCCAGCAGCCAUGACGGCUGUGUGCGUGUACCAAUCCAUCAGCCCUCAAUGUAGGAAAGCCAUGAAUGAAUAUCUACGUACUGGUAACAUCAACGAGAAUUUCAUCAGCUACGAUCACAUCCGGGAAUAUCUAACGAUCUGCAGCUCUAUCCACGGUCUUCAUCAACUUAGAAAUUUAUGCAUGAAGAAACUUUUGCACAACUUGAACAAGAACACCAUGUUUGAUAUAUUUAACCUUGCGGACGAAUUUGAUAUAUCUGACGUGCUUUCCAAAUGUGCAGACGAAAUUAUGGACAGCAUAAAUCAUGUUAUUUUGUUUCCAGAAUUCAUGUCUCUGACCAGUACACAAAUGGAAGCACUCGUAAAGAGUCCGCAGUGCAAAAACAAACUCUGUGUUCGGGACGCUUUGUACCAAUGGUGGCAGUAUGACACUGACAAACGCACUGGUGUCUAUGAAACUCUGAGACACAAAGUUGAUAGCAAUUUGUUUCCGAUACCACAAAGACAUUGUGAUAGUAGAUCGUAUUUGGUGACAUUCUCUCUUAAUCAAAAGGGUAAUAACAAAAACCAGCUAUACCCGGAAGCAAACGUUCUGGAUCUGCAGACAGAAAAAGAAUACAGUGCAAGCAUAAAGAAAAACUUAGAGAUGGACAAGGGCUUUGCUGUGUGCUGUAUGCAGCCUGCCGUUUCAGAACCUCCAUACAUCUUUCUAUCCGGCGGAAACAGAAGAUCGUCCAAAAAAAUGCUGGAAUGUGACGUGAUUAUGAACAAAUGGAAAGUCUGCAGUAACAUGAAAAAUUCCCGCUCUUUUCAUGCCAUGGAAGCUGUGCGUGAUAAAUUGUAUGUUUUUGGUGGACGACACGAAGGAAAAAAUGUUUCCCAAAUCGAGGAGUUCGACCGGAAGAAAAACUCAUGGACAGUUGUUGGAAACUUGAAGUGGAACGUCCACUCCACGGCGUCCGCUGUCUGUGGUGACUUUGUAUAUCUGUUUGGUGGGAAAAGAGAGAGUGGGGAUAAUGUCUCCGUCAUUCAAGUGUUUGAUUGCAAGACAAAGUCCGUGGAUAUCGUGGGAUAUCUACCCGUAGAAUGUUCUGGCGGAAGAUGCAUGGUUAUCGGACAUUCCAUAUACAUAUUUAAUGAGCAGGGUCACUGCAUCAAGUACUGUGCUGAGGACAAUACAAGUUUGAUGCUAACUUCUCAGCCGGCAUGUCGUCACAGAUUUAGUCUCUAUUUGCGAGGCUCCCAUUUCUCCAUAAAUGGCGGACUUGAUUCUCAGCAGAAUUCCCCUGAAUACAAUCUUAAAUACUCAAUCCAUGAUGAAUCUUGGAAACAAAUGUCUUACAGAGGCAGGAAAUUUAGGAAUCCUGAAAUAUUUGGUCAAUGUUUUGUGAAGAUUCCUAACGACUUACAGUACAUACCUUUCAGUUGAGGUUUAUUUCACUUUGUACAAAAAGUAUUGCAAUCGGACUGUGUUCUCUAUUUUUGGAAUUGGUGCGAGUACUUAUGCCUAUUUAUACUUACAAAAUCCAGUAUUUGUUGUUAUCUGUUGUUGUUGUUGCACAAAUUUAUUUUUUAU